AUGGGAAGCAGUGGACAAGGAGAAGUUGUGGUUGGCAAAGAAGAGGUUAUUGCAAAACUCAAGGACGAUGGAGACUUUGAUAAGCUUCGUUUAAAGAUCAUUCGUAAGCUCAAGGAGAAUGAAGAGCUUCGACAACAUAUUACUUCAAUUGUUAAACAGUCCGAGGUGCUCAAUCGCGCUGGAGCAGAAAAUAUGAAACCUAGACAGCUUUGUGAUGUCAUAUUUGAAGAAGUUGGUGAGAAAGUAAUGAGCCACUUAUCGGAUAGUUUAUGGCAAAUAAUCAGAUCAGAUGAUGGCAUGAAAGGUGAAAUCACGGAAACGGUGCAAUCUGUCUAUGAUAAACUUGCAAACCCCAAAGGGAAAGAUGAAGUUCUGUUAUCAACAUCUGAUGCAAUGCCUAGUCAGGGUGAAACAGCUUCAGCUAUGGAGAAUGGCGACUCUUUGCAUGAAAAUGAGCCGCAAGAGCCACCAGGUUUCACUCUCUUACUGAAUCAUCCAAAUAAUAACAACCACAAGGAUCAGGAUAAUAAAGGGAAUGCACAAGUUCAGAGGCAAGGAUGCAAGGUAGAUUCACACCCAUCACAGGAUACACUUGUUGAAGAUGAUCAUAACAUUGCACCUCCUGGAUUUUCAAAAGAAAUGGAGCAUAGUCCAGUAGCUGAUUGCAGUGAUGAAGACCCUGAAGUACCGCCUGGUUUUGGUUGA